CUCCAAGGCUGCUUUGUACUCAUUCACAUCCAUCCAUCGGCGUUUGCCACUCGCUCAUGACGCGUACUGUCUGCCUGGCUUUUCUUUCUUUUAAUAUCUUGAGAAACGAGAAGACCUGAUCUUCUGAGAACUGUCUUUUUUCCCUGGAUUCUCCCCAGUCUGUCACUCUCGAUAAACCCAAUACAAUGUCUCCGAUCACGGUAACGAUUAGACAGACACCAUCUGAUUCGGACCAAAAGAAGCCCGAAUCAUUCAGCCAAAUUCCCGACCACGACCUAGAAGCGAUCGGUCGCAACUGUCAGUUCGAAUACUGUCACCAGCUCGAUUUCCUCCCUUUCCGCUGCGAGUCUUGCAAGGGCACAUUCUGUCUCGACCAUCGAACAGAGACAGCACACAAAUGCAGCCAUGCUGGAGAAUGGGCACGACGACGACAGGCGGCGAAUACAGCAACCACGUCUAGUCUUCCUUUGGAGAAACCAACCAUCUACAACUCGAUACAGUGUUCCCAUCCGGCGUGCAAAACGCUCAUCGACACCGCGAAAGAUCCCGCUGUGCACUGCGAUAAGUGCAAUCGGAAAUACUGCUUGAAACAUCGGCUGAGAGAAGAGCAUGAUUGUUCAAAAUUAAUCCCUCUUGGAGCACGUCCGGGCCAUGGAGGAUCAACGCCCAACGACACAAUCAAGUCGAUGUUCUCUCGUAUUCGAACAUGGGGAAACAAUGCAACUUCAAUAGGACCGAACGGAAAACCAAAACCAACCUCGGCCGCCUCACGCAUGGUACAGGUGAACACGAUGAAGAAGACAGCCAAGGGCGAAGCAAGCAUCCCCGCCGACAAACGUAUCUAUUUACAUGUCGUCGGGACCUCAACCACGCAAAGACCAGAUCCUCCUACCAGCAAUCUUUUCUUUGACACCAGAUGGAAAGUUGGACGAGUGUUGGAUGAUGCAGCGAGGAGACUUGGCGUUGAGAAUCUGAAUAAUCGAGCAGACAGCGAAGAGGCGAAAUUGAGGAUUUUCCACAUCGAAUCCGGGGAGUUUCUCGAAUUUUCAGACACAAUUGGCGAUGGAAAGUUGAAGUCAGGAGAUACUAUUGUUCUCAUGAGAGGAGCUGGCGUGAUGUUGGGAAAAUAGAUGAUGAUCUGGGCCAUCCCAUCUCAAAUACUCUUUUUCGGUGGUGAUAAUCUGUUUUGUUUUGUUCCUUUUAUGCAUGUUGUUCCGGAUACCAAGCAUACGCCAAUUAUAUAUAUACCCCGCAGCCUUCUGGCUGCAAUUUUUUGAAUUUAAUGCAUUGGCGAUUCGCUUCAGGUUGCUUUUUGACAUCGAAUCAAUCUCAUAGCAUAGCGCAUUACAUAGAAAUGGCUGAUUCCCAUGACUUUUUUCAUCAACAAUUGUCGAGGUGAUAUAUCACGAUCUGAUUUGCAUUGUAUAUAUAAUUUAUAAUGAACUUAUCGAUUCAUCAAUCAAUUCUAUAUAUUCAACAAAACAGAAGAACAUACUAUACAUACGCAUCGGAAACGUUCUCUUUCUUUUACUUAACAAUCAUACACAGAAG